AUGCGAGAUUUUGGCGGCUGUGAAGCAGAACCGGACCGGACCUCGUCAUCCGUGAAGACAACCAGUCGUGCAUCAGAUGACGAAAAAUCCGGUGAAUCAUGGCCGCGCCAAGCACAUCGACAUCGUACCAUCAUCCGUGAUGAGGUCAAGCGCGGUGGCGCAGCUCGAAGGUAUUGCGAGACUUCCGUGAUGAUGGCGGACAUCAUGACCAAAGGACUUUCGGGACCUCGCCACAAGGACUUGACGACGGCUCUCGGCAUUCGUGCAGUUCGCGGAUUGAGGGGAGCGUGUUGA